GAAGAUAAACCUGCCUGGUCAGUUAAAUAUGAUCCAUCUCAGAUCUGUGCCUUUAGAGGAUCAACAGUGAUGAUAAAAUGCUCCUAUAAAUAUCCAUCUAUAAGAGAUGGAAUAAAAACAGAAGUUAAAAAUAAAAUCUGGUUCACUAAAGGAAAUAAUCGAGUCCCUGUGGAUCUGAUGAACGACUCUGACUAUAAAGAUCGAAUAACUUAUAACUUUACAGAAAGCAGCAGCAGCUUUCUGACAAUCAAAGAUCUGAAACAAAGAGACUCAGCAAAGUACAAGUUCAGGUUCAUAACAAACCAACCAGGUGGAGCAUUUACUGGUUUACCUGGAGUCACCUUGACUGUUCUAGAUCCAGACCUCAGAGUUCAGGUCAGAAGAUCAGAGACGCAGACGGAGCUGAAGUGUGAAAGCAGCUGUGAUCAAAUCAAACCUCCUUCAUAUGUUUGGUUCAACAAAGAGGAGAAAAUGGAGCAACAGAUUUCUUCUAUAGUCGUCUCAGUCAGAGAUGGAGACAGAUAUUCCUGUUCUGUUAAAGGACACGACGAUCUCCGCUCUCCCUCUGUGUAUGCUCCAGAGUCUCUCUCUGCUAAACUGAUGUCCUCUGGUCAGAUAACUGAGGGACGUUCAGUGACUCUGAGCUGCAGCAGUGAUGCUAACCCAGCAGCUAAAUACACCUGGAGGAAGAAGAACAACCAAUCAGUUGUCAGUACAGACCAGCAGUUUGUCCUCAGCUCCAUCCUGUCCUCAGACUCUGGACAGUAUUACUGCACAGCUCAGAACCAGCUGGGAGAGAAAACAUCUGGACUCGUCUCUGUCCAGCUCACAUGUGAGUCAAUCUGGUUUAACUACAAACAUGUUCUGGUGUUUUACUGAGACGCCAGGAAAUAAGCCCUGAUAGAUUUAAUUUUCUUCCCCUUUAAAAGAUUAAUAUAUUCCCAUCUUCCUCUCAGUUUACCUUUGACCUUUC